AUGAAAUUGAUUUCAACCAAUGCUUCGAUAAUUGUUGAUCAUGAUAAUGAUUGGAAAUAUCGUCAGCUUUACGGAAUUGAUUUUCAACAUUUUUUCCACCUGCAACAUUCUCAGGCCACGUACACACGUAGUGAGUCUCAUGGAUUUGUGGUUAUUAUUGGGCUGGCCAGACUGCAGAAAAUUAAGAUUCUGUUAAGAUCAGGAAUUUCAAACAAAACUUUUUUGGUCUGCCUGCGAGAAUUCACCGCAGUCACUUCUUUAAAACUUUCACAAAGGUCAGAAAGUAAAUCAGCAGUUAAAAAAGUUUUUAAUUUCAAAACAUUCAAAUUCAGAAAUGAAGUAGCAGUGAGAAAGCAAGAAAGGAAAUGUUAUAAAUUAAUGGAUUUAUGGUCUUGUAACGUCUACAAGAAUACCUUCAACUCUUCCACAUCUGCAUAUAAAUCACUGUCCAUUAUCUAA